AUGAUGGGUCUUUUGUCGACAAUCCGAGGGAAAAAGGACAAAGAUGGUCAGGCUCUCGGCGCCGCUCAAAUCGGUCCCAUCGCAAGCAAAACUAAAAAACUCGUUAUAGCCGAGCUUCCAAAGUCAGUUUUCAAUUUUCACGAGAAGGUUCGACAAAAUCUAUAGUCUGUUUUAUCACAUUUCCAAGUUUUGAAGUUAACUCAAACAGUCUUUUUCCAAGAAAAUUUUUAGAGUUUGACUAGUCUAAGGACAUAAAAUAUCGAAUUCCUUUGACACAAUCCAAACAUUUCAGGAUGCUCGCAGAAAAGCCAGACCUUUUCACAGUCAUUUGGCUCCGCUCAGCACAGAGAAGCACUUCAAUAAAGGUAAGACAUGGAAAAGCAUACUAUGAAAAGGUUCGAAAAUGUUCAGUUAGCGUUUGGAAUUUCGCUGGAUGAGAAUCCAGAAAACAACGAAGCUUUCGUGGCCUUUUCAUCAACGAUACAGUCCUUUUUCCACAAACUUGUGAGUAUUUCUGCCUCAUUUUGUUUUUUUGGAUGCUUCCACCAACUAUUGUAUGUAUCUGCAGAUUGUAACGUAUGAACUGGACGAUGAGCUCGUGGUGACGUCAUGUGAGCAACUGGGAGCUCGACACGUCGACUUCAUCUCCCGAGGCUUUCACUCGCACUUCUGGGACAUCUUCAUGGUAUCUCCUUUCAUCAUAAAAUGAGCCUUUAUUUUAAGCUCAGUAAAAUUAAAUCGACAAGAUUGUAAGAGGAGAUUUUGAAAUCGAAAGCUCUCGAUUGUGGAAGUCCGACCUUGUGGCUUGAAAGUUGGAAUCGUUCUUCCAAAAACGCGUUCGUUAGCUUCACAGAAAAAGCUUUCAGAACUCGAACUGAAGAUAAAAAACAUUUAAUAACGGUAGUAUAGCUCUAUGAAGUCAUUAUGAGUGAAGAAUUCAAAGAAAACUUUUCCACAGGUCUGCAUGGCCGAAACGAUAGACGAAACGCUGUCUUCCUACAUGCACGACGACGAGAAAAGGAACGAGAUGAUCAUCGCUUGGCAAAGGUUCUUUUCUUUCAUUUAGAAAAAAAAAAAUCAAAAACAAAGUUCAGAGUUGUCAACGCGAUCGUUCAUCACAUGCGAGAAGGCUAUUCGGAGCGCCGGAAACAGGAACUCGGCGCCAAAAACGGAUCAUAA